GUCUGCAGAUCCUAAACUUAUGAUUGCAUUUGGACAAAUCACAUCCAUGGAUUUCUUCAUUGUCCUGGUGAUUUGUCUUUCUUGUUUGGUUUUUAUUUCUCUGUGGAAGCGAAGCUAUGACAAAGAGAAGCUCCCACCUGGCCCCACUCCUCUUCCAAUUGUAGGAAAUAUCCUACAGUUAAAUACCAAGAACAUCAGUAAAUCCAUGAGCAUUGUAAGUAUGAUCAUCUAUGGCCCUGUGUUCACUGUGUAUCUAGGCAUGAAGCCCACUGUGGUGCUGCAUGGAUAUGAAGCAGUGAAGGAGGCCCUGGUUGAUAAGGGAGAAGAGUUUUCUGACAGAGGAAGUCUUUCAUUGAUUGACAAAAUCACACAAGGAUCAGGACUUGCUUUCAGCAAUGGAGAAAUAUGGAAGCAAACCCGGCGUUUCUCACUCACAGUUUUGUGGAACGUGGGGAUGGGAAAGAAAACUAUUGAAGAUCGAAUUCAGGAAGAAGCUUUGUGUCUGGUAGAAGAGUUAAAAAAAAAAAAACAAUGGUAUAUAUUUCUUUCACCUCCCUGCGAUCCUUCUCCACUUCUGUUCUGUGUUCCCUGCAAUGUGAUCUGCUCCAUCAUCUUCCAGAAUCGUUUUGACUACAGUGAUCAGACAUUUCAAACCUUGAAUAAGUAUUUUCAUGAAAACACUAGACUUUUGAGUACUCCCUGGGUACAACUCUACAAUAUUUUCCCUAUUUUACAUUAUCUCCCAGGAAUUCAUCAUCAGUUAUUUAAAAAUAUUGCUUUUCAAAAGAAGUUUGUUUUAGAGAAAGUACAAGAACAUCAGGAAUCUCUGGAUGUGAAUAACCCUCACGACUUUAUUGACUAUUUCCUGAUUAAAAUGAAAAAGGGAACUCUCGAAAAAGAGUCUGAAUUUACCAUGGACCACUUGAUCAUUACCAUAUUGGAUGUGUUCAGUGCGGGGACAGAAACAACGAGCACCACACUGACAUUUGGACUCCUGCUCCUGCUCAAGCAUCCUGAGAUUGCAGCUAAAGUCCGGGAAGAGAUCGAGCAUGUGAUUGGCAGACACCAGAGCCCCUGCAUGCAGGACAGGAGCCGCAUGCCCUACACGGAUGCUGUGAUGCAUGAGAUCCAGAGAUACGUUGACCUGGUCCCCAAUAACGUGCCCCGUGCAGUGACUUGAGACAUCCAGUUCCGAGGAUACCUCAUUCCAAAGGGCACGAGUAUAUUACCAUCUCUGAGUUCUGUCCUGUAUGAUGACAAAGCGUUUCCCAACCCAGAGAAGUUUGACCCUGGCCACUUCCUGGAUGAAAGUGGAAACUUUAAGAAAACAGACUACUUCAUGCCUUUCUCCACAGGAAAAAGAGCUUGUGCUGGAGAGGGCCUGGCCCGCAUGGAGCUGUUCUUACUCCUGACCACCAUCUUGCAGCAUUUUACCCUGAAGCCUCUGGUUGAUCCAAAGGAUAUUGAUCCCACGCCAGUGGAUAAUGGGUUUGCUAUUCCACCUUUCUGUGAGGUAUGCUUCAUUCCAGUCUGA